GAAACGCGACGAGAAUAUAGGUUGUAUUGCACCUGAUAUUGAAGAAAUGAUAAAAGAUGAACUGUGUUAUUCGUUAUCUAGAUUCAUAUGCGAAGUUAUAAAAGAAAAUGGUGAAGAUUAUCCGGGUCAAACAUUGUACGAGAUUUUGAUUAACAUUCAAAUGUAUUUUGAACAAAAAGUAAAAUGUUAUAAGUUCCUGAACGAGGAUGCCUUUUUACAAGUGAAAAACACCUUGGAGUUCACCAUGAAACAGAGGGCAGCAGCAGGACUAGGCAUUAACAGGAAGGAAGCGGAAACUAUUCUAGUUGAGGAGGAAGAACUGUUGUGGCAGAGAGAUAUCUUAGGUGACAGCAAUCCAGCAAGGCUAGUGGACACCAUAGUAUAUUUAAUUGGUUUACACUUCGCUCUUCGGGCUGGAAAAGAGCACAGAAAUUUGAGAAUGAAGAACUCCCAAAUUACUAUAUUGGAAAGAAAUGGAGAGACCUGCCUAAAAUAUUCGGAAGAUAUUUCUAAGAGUAAUCAAGGUGGAUUAAAAACAAGAAGAAUUAAACAGAAACAAGUCUACGCCUACGAAGAUACAGCCAACCCAGAUAGAUGUAUAGUUCGACUAUACAAGAAGUACAUAGAGCAUUGCCCAGAACAGACAAAAACUAAUGUGUUUUAUCUGAGGCCUUUAUCUAAGCCAAAGGAAAACAUUUGGUAUACAGCCCAACCAAUUGGUUUAAAUACCCUAGCUGCAACCGUAGGACAAAUGUGCACAGAAGCAGGACUUCAGGGAUUUAGGUGAAACCAUUCAUUGCGUGCAACAGCUGCAACCCGUUUAUAUGAAUGUGGCGUUGAUGAGCAAAUAAUAUCAGAGGUAACUGGACACAGGAGUGAUGCUGUGAGGGAGUAUAAAAGAACCAGCGAGACCAUGCGACGAGACGCAUGCGGAAUUAUUCGCGGAGAUGUGCCUAAAUAACAAGAAGUGUCGAAAAAAAUCUGUAUUGGA